GAGACGGCGGAUCACGCGUCUUUAAAUAUAGACCUUACCUUCUCCAUUAUUUUCUCAUCCAAUUAUUCUUUUUCUCUUCUCUCUCAUUUCGAAUUGAGAAACAAAAAAAAAACGGAUAGGGUUUUCGUCUCUCUGUCCCUCUGUUCGAUUUCAGAUUCAUUUCGCGCCAAACACAGGUUCCUUAGGCGUGGUUUGAAUCUUAGGUUUUGUUAAUCCUGUCCGUAUACCUGUCCGUUUGUACUGUUAUAACCGAAUUGAUCGAAAGAUGUCGCGAUAUUUCACAUCUCCACCGCCUGUGUACGCAAGGAACUGGGGUAACGGUCAGAACUUGGUCGAAUCGACUAAGAUCAUCGAAAGACAAGUAGCACCUACUAACAAGGUUCACCGGAAAGAGAAGAAGGAGAGGAAGAAGGAAAAGAAACAUAAGAAUGUCAAGUCCAUUGAACAGCUUUAUUUACCGAUCAAGAAAGUGUGUGAUGAGUCUGAACAGCUUGAGAAGAGUUGUUUGACGGAAGAACAUCACCAUGUGGGUUAUUUGUCUGAUGGUAGUCAAAACAGUAGGAAGAGAAGAAGGGAAGAAGCUUCUACUGCUGUUGAGAGUAACAACCAAGCUACGCCUGUAGUUGGUAAGCCUCUACGGAUACGCUUUGUCUUCAAGAAACCUAAAGAAACUCUUGAGAUUGUUCCUCAAGAGGACCCUGUUUGCUCCACCUCAGGGGUUGAUAGACCCCUUGAAACUUCAAUCUCUGUCUCAGGGCAGGAGGAGAAUCUGCCCUCAACUUCUUUGGAGAGUGACAAAACUGCAGUUUCUUCUGAAUCAAAGAAGAAAAAGAAACAUAGGAUUAGCAAAGAAUCUCGGUACAGUUCAUUGUUUGAUGAACCGGUUCUUCCCUCCAUUUUGAUGGAGGAAGAUGAUAACAACAGUGAUGAUGACUGGCUUCUAGGUGCAAGGCGGCAAAAGAAGGCUACUCCUGUCAAGUCUUGUAUGAAUGAAGACAUGCAGAAGUCAGAAGAUUCAUGUUUCCCUAGACCCCAGUUUUUGCCUGAAGUAGAGAUUUUUUCAUUGCCAUACACAGUCCUGUUUUAGAAGAGGCUCGUAUAAUUGUUUUGUUCUUUAUCAGCUUAGCCUUAGGCCUUUAGCUUGUACAGUUCCACUGAUUGUAACAAACACACAGAUCAAUAAUACUUGAAAGAAUGAUCUCUGUAUUCUUUUGACAUCAAUUGGUUUUUCCUUGACAACAAUGAGUUCAUGUUCAUGAGUUAGACUCUAGUUAUAGUUUUGAUCAGGCAGCAACGAGAU